AUGACUCACUUACAGGCGGGUCUGUCCGCCGAGACGCUGGAGAAGGCCAAGGCUGAGCUCAAGGAGAACCCUGACACCUUGCACCAGGACAUCCAGGAGGUGCGGGACAUGAUCAUUACGCGGCCCGACAUCGGCUUCUUGCGCACGGACGACGCCUUUAUCCUGCGCUUCCUGCGCGCCCGCAAGUUCAACCACUUCGAGGCGUUCAGGCUGCUCGCCCAGUACUUCGAGUACCGACAGCAGAACCUGGACAUGUUCAAGAACCUGAAGGCCACAGAGCCUGGCAUCAAACAGGCCCUCAAGGACGGCUUCCCUGGGGUGCUGUCGAACCUGGACCGACACGGCAGGAAGAUCCUGGUCCUGUUCGCUGCCAACUGGGAUCAGAGCAGGUACACCUUUGUGGAUAUACUGCGAGCCAUUUUGUUGUCACUGGAAGCCAUGAUUGAAGACCCAGAGCUCCAAGUUAAUGGAUUUGUGUUGAUCAUCGACUGGAGUAAUUUCACAUUUAAGCAAGCUUCUAAACUCACUCCAAGCAUGCUGAGAUUGGCCAUUGAGGGCUUACAGGACAGCUUCCCAGCCAGAUUUGGAGGCAUCCAUUUUGUCAACCAGCCAUGGUACAUCCACGCUCUCUACACGGUCAUCCGGCCUUUCUUAAAGGACAAAACAAGAAAAAGGAUCUUUAUGCAUGGGAAUAAUCUGAAUAGUCUACACCAGCUGAUCGUACCAGAGAUACUGCCCUCUGAAUUGGGUGGCAUGAUGCCCCCCUAUGACAUGGGCACAUGGGCCAGGACUCUGCUCGACCAUGCCUAUGAUGAGGAGACUGACUACUGCCCCGAGUCCUAUACCCUUUCUGUCAAAGAUCUGGAGAAAGAUCUGUCCCCAAAAAGCAUGAAACGGUCCCAGUCUGUGGUGGAGCCUGGAGUUCUUAAACGGCCAGAAAAAAUCAAAAGCGAGGAGGAGAACAUGCAGCCACUGCUUUCACUGGACUAA